CACUGUUAUCUCCGGUUGUAGUACCCGGAAGGAGUGCUGGGGCCAAAUCAGGCUUGAUGGAAUUUGCUGUGGGGAAACCCGCUGAUGACAGUGGAACCCGCCCGUGUGUGAAUUCCCAUGGCUCCUGCCACCCCUUUAUAAGCAGGCGGAGGUGUGCCAGGGCUGGCAGGACCAGCAGGCAGCAGCCAGGCACUCACUGGAGCACAGCUGUGUGUGGAGAGGGAAUGUCUGUGUACUGCAGCAAGAGCAUGGUCCUGGUUUCCAUGCUGGCACUCCUGGCACUGCUCCUGUGGGGCACCUCUGAAGCACAAAGCAACCAGGAUUGCUGCCUGUCCUACACCAAAGUGCGUCUGCCCCGGUGGGCUCUGAAGGGUUACACUGAGCAGCUCUCCAGUGAGGUCUGUGACAUCCCUGCCAUCAUUUUCCACACUGCCAGUGGGCUGAAGGCCUGUGUAAAUCCUAAGGAAGGCUGGGUGAAGAAACAUCUCCUUUUCCUGAGCCACAAGCUGAGGAAGAUGUCAGCUUGACUCGGUUUCCAGCAAGGAGCUAAACAUAGAAGU